AACUCUUCUUCAAACCGCGGCACCAAAAUCAAUCUCCUUCGCCUCCAAGAAAAGCAUUCAAUUUCAUUUCACAGAUUUAUCAAUCUCACAUACUCCCAAUUCCUUCCUCAGAUCUAUCAUCAAUGGCGUUGGAAUGGGUUGUUCUUGGCUACGCCGCCGCUGCUGAGGCAAUCAUGGUCCUCCUCUUGACCCUCCCUGGCCUUGACGGCCUCCGCAAAGGCCUAAUCGCCGUCACUCGCAACCUUCUCAAGCCAUUCCUCUCUGUCGUACCCUUUUGCCUCUUCUUGCUCAUGGACAUCUAUUGGAAAUACGAGACUCGCCCCACUUGCGAAUCGGACUCCUGUACCCCUUCUGAGUACCUUCGUCACCAGAAAUCGAUCAUGAAGAGCCAACGCAACGCGCUCUUGAUCGCUGCUGCGCUUGUGUUCUAUUGGCUGUUGUACUCUGUUACCCAUUUGGUUGUGAAGGUUGAGCAACUGAACCAGCGUGUCGAGAGGUUGAAGAAUCGGGAUUGAGGAUGAAAGUGGAGAACGAAUCGUGGGUUUUCGAGUAAUUGGGUCUGUUCUUUUUUUUCCUUCUGUCUUGGGAUUUUUUUUUUUUUUUUUUUUUUAAAUUUCGGCUUUUGAUGCUAUAUUAUGGUAAUUGCAGUUCGUUUUGUGUUCCACUUUGAUACUGCUAUUAGAUGUUAUGAAAAUCUUAGUAAUUACAACUUAUUUCUUAUUCAAUGUUAUGGAAAUCUUAGUAAUUACAACUUAUUUGGUA